AUGCUGCGGAGAUUCGCGGCGGACAAAGCCAAGCAUCUCCUCCGCCCCCUGUGCUCGUCCUUGUUGCCGGCUUCUGCCGCCGCGGCUGAUCUCGUCUCUUCCUCGUCGCCUUUCUGCACAUCCUCUUCCGCGCCGGCCGCUAUGUCGUCCACGAAAACACCCCCUGUUUCCGUCGAGAACAUCAAUCCGAAGGUGGGAUCCAUUUCUUCUUCGUCCCUGCACGCGACCGUUUGGACCCCCAUCGAUGUGCGAUUUUGUCGAUGAGACGAGUUCUGUUCCCGUUUCCUCCAUCUGGGUUUUUUCUCGUAUUCCCCUAAUGUAGAAAGAGAACUUUUCUUCAUUUAUUUUUUUCCCGUGGUGUCACCUGGUCUUCUUUGGGUCUGAUUGUCUUCUCCACGUUGACCCAGAUCGGAUAAUUUUUCGCUACAUCGGUCUCCCCAGAUUAUCUCGUGUCUCUGUUCUGCGGUUCUUUGUGCGUGUCUUAGUAGAUUUAAAUUGGAAAUCGUAAGCAUGACUGCUUCUAUAUUGUGCGUGUUUUUUCAGAUUAUCAAAUGUGAAUAUGCCGUUCGGGGUGAGAUCGUCAUCCUUGCCCAGGUAAUAAGCGUUAUUUUUCCUUUUGUGAACAUUUACUUCCUCUUGAUUUGUCUUCCCAGUGAACGUUUUGUAUACGGCUGUAAGAUCUGAGCAGGCAAGUCGCUCAUCACAGCUAUUUGUCCCCAAAUAAAGCCAAUAAAUAGACUUUCAUUUUAACUUUCUUGCAGCGCCUUCAACAAGAACUACAAUCGAACCCCGGCUCCCGCCCUUUUGAUGAGGUACCUACCCUUCCGAUUUCUAUGUUCUAAAAGUCAAUGAAGUCUAACUUCUCAGUUGUUCAACAGAGAAACAUUUUGUAAAAGUUUUGAUGGAAAAAUAUUUGUAGUGUCUGCGAUUUAUCUGUGAUUUUGAAUAUCAUGAGAUUAUAAUCUGGAUAUAGCUGAAAGUCCUUCUCUUUGCUCUUGUUGGCAGAUACUGUAUUGCAAUAUCGGAAAUCCCCAGUCUCUUGGCCAACUGCCUAUAACGUUUUUCAGGGAGGUUGGUAUAUGGGGACCUUUUACCCAAUGUUCCCCCAAGGGAUCGUCUGAUAGUUCUGACGAUCUAUAUAUGAUUCAAUCUCUCAGGUUCUUGCCUUGUGUGACCACCCAGCCUUACUGGAUAAGGAUCAAACUCAUGGCUUAUUCAGGUAUGCAAGAUCAGUCAUGAGUAUUUCAAUAUCUUUUGAAAAAUAAUGUUUGAUCUCAUGGAAACAGGCUGGGCUAGGCUAUGCUCAUCACUGCCAUGAUUUUAAGUAUGCUUUUACGCUGAAACAAUUUCAGCAGAUCCACCAGAAAUUACUUGAAAUAAAAUGCAAUCUGAGAAAAUGGAGGGAUAAGUAAAACCUCGUCAUCCUUUUUGCUAAGCUGAUUCAUUAUUUAAAAGGAAGCCUGAUUCAGAAAGACUUCUUCGGUUGCUAAUUUCUUAAUUGAUUUUUGUGAUCCCUUUCUUGAAGUAGCCAUGGGCAUAAGUUGUUCUGUUUGUUAAUUCUGGCGGCGAAGGUUUAGCCGCUCUCACUGAAAAAACUGUUAUGCAGAUUAUUUUUUAUGCGCCUAAUUUUUAUUUGGGACUGCUAUAAAUUGGGCGACUAAUCAUCUGGAUAUCUGUUUAGAACAAUAUGGUCAGUUAAGUUCUGCUAAAUCCUAAAGAAUCUGUCUGGAAGGAGUGAUAUAUCUUUACCUGGCACAAACUUUCAACCGAUAUUUUCAACGGAAGGCAAUUUAAGAUAAGCACAGAGGUGCCUGCUAUAGCAGACGAUGUGGUGCAUCAGCAGGAAAUUCCUGACCUAAUUUUCUAACAUCGUAGCUCCUUUGACCAUUACUUAGAGGUCGACACGUUCUAAUUUGGUCAACUGUUGAAAGCGUGUCAUGGUGAUUGAUCUGCUCUUUAACCAUAUCUCUGCUUUAGCUUGUCAUUGGCUCGAAGCUGAAUAUAACCAGAGUGAACAUGAGCUUUCUUCUGGUGGUUUUCGGCAAUCCAAUAGUAGUGUGAAAGAUUCUGGUAGUGGGAUCUGGAAUCAGUUGGCCCUCUGACGCUCUGAACCCUGAAGAUGACUGAUUUUAUAUUGCAGUUCAGAUGCCAUAGAUAGAGCGUGGAAGAUACUCGAUGUGAUGCCCGGACGUGCUACUGGAGCUUAUAGUCACAGUCAGGCAAGAACCAUCCUCAUGAAAUCUUAGUGGUGUUUUAUCCAUUCAUGGAGUGUAACAUUCCCCGCUUGCUACCAGGGUAUUAAAGGUCUGCGUGACUUGAUUGCUGCUGGAAUUGCUGCUCGUGAUGGUUUCCCUGCCAACGCUGAUGAUAUUUUCCUAACAGAUGGAGCGAGUCCUGCUGUACAUUCAACUCUCUCUCUCUCUCUCUCUCUCUCUCUCUCUCUCUCUCUCUCUCUCUCUCCCUCCCUCCGUAAACUACAGUAAUUUGUUGACUACGGAGAAAGAAUAGCAGGCAUUUGUUCUCCGUUUCUUUUCAGGUCCAUAUGAUGAUGCAGUUGCUGUUAAGGUCUGAAAAGGAUGGCAUCCUAUGCCCUAUUCCUCAGUACCCUCUGUACUCGGCCUCAAUCGCCCUCCAUGGUGGCACUCUUGUAUGUUCUAUAGCUUUUAAACUAAUAUCUCCGCAUAUUUCAUGUGCCAGCAGUGUAGUAUUUAUCUGGAUGCAUUACUGGACAGAAAUUCUCAUCGUCGGUUGCAUAUUUGCAUGUAAUUCCCAACAUGGGGCAUCUAUGACAAAAUCUAAACGCGAUGCCUAGGAAACUCCCCAUUCAGCAUGUAAUUAUAUGUUAAAUUAUUGAAAUGAAUGGAACAGAGCCACCACACACACACACGCAUACAAGUGCACUUCUUGACAUUGAUUACUUGGGAGAGAGCCAAAAGUCUGAUCUAUCUUUUUUUUUUUGGUUGCAUGUUUUUAGGUGCCAUACUACCUUAAUGAAGCAACAGGGUGGGGCUUGGAGCUUUCUGAAGUCAAGAAACAGCUGGAAGAUGCUCGAUCCAAGGGUGUGACUGUUCGGGCCCUUGUUGUGAUCAAUCCAGGCAAUCCAACUGGACAGGUUAGCAGCCGUUUGAUUCAUUUCACACGAGCUUCCAAGUAUUACUGCGGCAGCUAUUUGCUGAUCUAGACUCCCAAAAUAAUUUCUAAUUCGUUUAUUUUUUGCUUUGUGCAUCCUUGGAUUAUUUAUUUAUUUAUUUAUUUAUUUAUUUGGUUUGAUGCCCACUCGAUCCAGUAGCAUCCAAAUGGCUAUUUUAUAAUAUAUAUUUUUGGGUGAUCGGGCAUUUAAAUCCCGUUGACAGGUGCUGGCGGAGGACAACCAGCGGGAGAUUGUUGACUUUUGCAAGGAAGAAGGGCUCGUUAUCCUGGCAGAUGAGGUGAGGACCUCGUUGCCUCUAGCCUGCUCCUUACCAUCUCUUAGUCAACGACUUUAAAUGCUUUAUAUAAUCUGAUGAGACUCUGUUCAUGUGAAUGAGUUGAGUGGGUCUUCGAUGGCUGCAGGUGUACCAAGAGAACAUCUACGUCGACAACAAGAAGUUCCACUCGUUUAAGAAGAUCGCGAGGUCAAUGGGUUACGGCGAGGAAGACAUCGCCUUGGUGUCAUUCCAGUCGGUUUCCAAAGGUGGGUGUGGGUGUGGGUGUGGGUGGGCUUCUGGCCGUCCGCCGGCCCCCAUUGCCUCCCAGAAGGAGAAGUCACUGCCUUGUUUCCUUCUUCAGGGUAUUACGGCGAGUGUGGGAAGAGAGGAGGCUACAUGGAGCUGACUGGUUUCACUGCUGAGGUGAGGGAGCAAAUCUACAAGAUAGCAUCUGUCAAUCUCUGCUCGAACAUCUCCGGCCAGAUCCUCGCCAGUCUCGUCAUGAACCCACCUCAGGUCUGUAGUACCCUUCUCUCACUGUGCCCAUUCUCUCUCUCUCUCUCUCUCUCUCUGCCCAUUUGACAGGGUUCCUGACAGAGAGGGAACGUCUUGGGUGAAUACUUUUGUUGCAGGAAGGCGACGAGUCAUUCGAGUCAUACGUGGACGAGAAGGAUGGGAUCCUCUUGUCUUUGGCUAGGCGAGCGAAGGUGGGUCAUCUCCGAGGGCUUCCUUGACUCCCACCCUCCUUCCUUCAUCUUGUGCAUCUCAUCCGCGCCAUUCUUUCUCUGCCCGAUGCAGACGCUGGAAGAGGCGUUCAACAGCUUGGAAGGCGUGACCUGCAACAGGGCUGAGGGAGCGAUGUACCUCUUCCCCCGCCUUCAUCUUCCCCACAAGGCCAUCGAAGCCGCCAAGGCAGCGAAGACGGCUCCCGACGCGCUCUACGCCCGGCGGCUCCUCGACGCCACCGGAAUCGUCGUCGUUCCUGGCUCGGGCUUCGGACAGGUGAGCUUGCCAACUUAUAUAUGCAUACAUACAUAGCGAGAGAGAGAGAGAGAGAGAGAGAGAGAGAGAGAUAAACUGAGAAACACCCUGGUUGGGCGGUGAUGCAGGUCCCUGGGACAUGGCACAUCAGGUGCACCAUACUGCCUCAGGAGGAUAAGAUCCCGGCCAUCGUCUCCCGCCUCAAGGAGUUCCAUGAAGCUUUCAUGGCGGAGUUUCGCGACUGA